AUGGACCGCGUAUUUCGGCGCCGAUCGCGCAUGCGUUCAGCUAGCAGCGGCGCAGACGGACUGCCCGCUGAUUGGUCAGGGCAUCGACCCGUACACGGCGGGGAUCGUGUCGGAGAAGCCGAAAGUGUUCUCUCCGUGCAGCUCAAGAAACUCGUCACCGUCGACGCCGUGAAGUACAGCUACUUCGCGUAUUUCCAAAUCAUCUCCACGUGGCGAGACCCUCGAGUGAACGACACACUGGCGAUAAACAACGCGGUGAACGCGUUCGGGCCGGCGAUCACGGGGCUGGCGACAGCCAAGUGCAUGCCGGGCGUGACGUUUUCGGGGUUCAACAUAAGCCAGAAGGACGAGUGUUUGAAGACGCCGAAGCAGAACAACCUGCCGCAGAUGGACGGCUGCAGCAAGCCGUGCACUCCUUCGGGCACCAUGUGCUGCGACUCCAUCUGGAUCCCCUCGCUCACCAUCGACAACGUCCUCUUCUACCCGCAGGACCGCUUCCAAACCGAGAGCAUAUAUUUCUUCGGGCAGUACAGCAACGAGGCCAGCGCCAUCGACAGAGAAGUCGUCGUUGGAGGCGAGUUCUCUUCACCCCUCAGCUUCAAGAAAUUUCCUCUUGACUCUCAGACGCUGCGGCUGAGCAUUCAGGUGCAGAGCGGCGAGUUCUACCUGGUGGGGAGCAACUCGGGACGGCAGUCGGAGCAGGGGGGAGGGCAGCUGGGGGGAGGGGGAGGCACGUACGUGAAUGAUGAGGUCACGGGCUGGAAGAUCAAUGGCGUGGCUCUCAACUGCACUCCCUCUGAUACCACCGUCUCCACCUCCGCCACCUACCAUCCCGAUGACCCCUGGUACGCAUUCUCUCAGAACUCACCGUCAGACAGUGGCAGCAGCAACGCCAACGAGUCCACAUCGUGUGUCUUCACCAUCCAGAUCUCCCGCACCAGUGGCGUCUACAUCAUCUCCAUUGUGGUGCCAGUGAUGCUGAGCGUGUAUCUCUGCUUCUCCGUCUUCUUUGCUCGCCCUGACGACCUUGAGACUCGGUCCGCUACUUUUGUCACGCUCUUCCUCGCCCUGUCAGCCGUGCAGUUCGUCAUUGACAGCCAGCUGCCGCGCUCAUCAGUGAUGACGCAGUUUGGCUAUCUGGUCAUCAUCUCAUACGUCUUCAUCUCACUCACUGCCGUGGAAACCCUCAUUGUCUACCUCAUCGCCGAUCGGCUGGAGAAGGACGUGGUGGAGACGGUGGGGGACAUGGCAGAGGGGGCCUCACGCGCCCUCCAGAGUACCCGAAAUAAGCCAGGGUCCCAAAGCCCACAGAAGGUGGACAAAGCCUGUGCCUUUGUGCCCGGCAAGGCUGAGGGGGGGGGAGAGGAGAGUCAGGAGCUGUGCCCUGUGGUGAGAGAUGAGGAGGACGACGAGGAGGUGGAAGAGGGGAACGAAGAAGCGGCCAGUGGCGGAGCAGAGAAGUUUCAAUCCGCCUGCCUAAAUCCCGAAAAGCCGCCACUUCAGAAAUCCUGGCACUUCAGCCUCUUUGGGUACCACCUCAAGCACGUUGACGACGAGCAUGCAAAGUCGGGCAAUUAUCUUCUCGCAGCCAGAAUCGACUUUGUGUGCUGUACUCUCUUCUUCAUUGGAUACACUCUCACUAUCGCGUUCCCUGUAUUUGAUUUCCGCACCUUUUGUCUCGCCGCUUUUAUAGGAUCACCUUUUGUUCAGUACAUCCGCUCUGGAUCGAUUGCUAUGAAGACGAGGCAACGAUGCGCCGCAUUACCCGCGUCUCCCACGCUACUACUCGCGAUCCUCAUAACGGUCGUUCUGAUCAUCGACUGCCACGUGGAAUCUGCACGAAUUGGGCGGCAGCGGACGAACUCCAGACGUCCCCUUCGCACGAAGAACACUCGGGUUCCCUCCCGCCGCCUCGGAAGCGAGAUUUUUGACGGCAUUGAUACAGGCGGAAGCGGCAGUGAUUCUGGCACGGAUGUCGCUGUCGGUGUCAGUGACGUUAACGGCGGCGGUGAUGCUGGGAGCAGCACCGACACUAGCGGUGAUGGAGGGGGAUUCAAUGAAGCCGAUUUUAGCGAUACGGUCGGAUCGAAUGACACUGAUUCUGGCGGGGACAUGAACGGAGGCGAUUUGACUGGAGAUAACAACACUGAUUCUGGCGGGGACAUUAGCAACGGAGGCGAUUGGACCGAUGCUAACAACACUGAUUCUGGCGGUGACACUAGCGGAGGCGACUGGACCGGAGAUAAUAACACUGAUUCUGGCGAGGACAUUAACGGAGGCGAUUGGACCGGAGGAGAUAACAAAACUGAUUCUGGCGGGGACAUUAACGGAAGCGAUUGGACUGGCGAUAACAACACUGAUUCUGGCGGGGACAUGAACGGAAGCGAUUGGACGGGGACUAACAACACUGAUUCUGGCGGGGGCAUCAGUAACGGAGGCGAAUGGACCGGAACUAAUAACACUAAUUUAGGUGGGGACAUUAGUAACGGAGGCGAUUGGACCGGAACUAAUAACACUGAUUCUGGCGGCGACCUUAACGGAGGCAAUUGGACAGGAAAUAACAACACUGAUUCAGGCGGUGACUUUAACGGAGGCAACUGGACCGGAACUAACAACACUGAAUCUGGCGGUGACUUUAACGGAGGCGAUUGGGCCGGAACUAACAACACUAAUUCUGGCGGUGACUUUAACGGAGGCAACUGGACCGGAACUAACAACACUGAUUCUGGCGGUGACUUUAACGGAGGCAACUGGACCGGCACUAACAACACUGAUUCUGGCGGUGACUUUAACGGAGGCAACUGGACCGGAACUAACAACACUGAUUCUGGCGGUGACUUUAACGGAGGCAACUGGACCGGAACUAACAACACUGAUUCUGGCGGUGACUUUAACGGAGGCAACUGGACCGGAACUAACAACACUGAUUCUGGCGGUGACAUUAACGGAGGCAACUGGACCGGAACUAACAACACUAAUUCUGGCGGUGAUUUUAAUGGAGGCAACUGGACCGGAACUAACAACACUGAUUCUGGCGGUGACUUUAACGGAGGCAACUGGACCGGAAAUAACAGCACUAAUUCUGGCGGUGAUUUUAAUGGAGGCAACUGGACCGGAACUAACAACACUGAUUCUGGCGGUGACUUUAACGGAGGCAACUGGACCGGAAAUAACAGCACUGAUUCUGGCGGUGGCGGCGAUGGUGGAGCAGGGGGCAGCGGCGAUGGUGGUAACCCUGGCGGCGGCGACGUGUCACCCCCUGGUCCUCCAAUGGCAGGAGACAAAGCCCUGGGUCUCGCCCCUCCUCAGAAGUCGAAUGUGCUUCUAUCGAUGCCGGACUUCAACCCUGUCUCCCGCUACGCCACAUCUCAGAUAUCCUUCGAUGCGACGACGGGCGCCCCCCAGUGGACGCUCGUGAACAACGUGUCGCACGUCGCAGUGCUGUCGCCUGUUGAGGACCAGGGCGCGUGCGGGAGAGUUCCCUUCACGCUACUCCUUCAUCCCCCCGGUCUACUCCUCCCUCAUCCCUCCCUCGUCCUUUUUCUCCCCGGCCCCCCCGCACGCCCCCGCUCCCACCCCCCACCAGCCGCGUGCUGGGCGUUCGCGGCGGCGGCAGCGGUGGAAGCCGCGGUGGCGAUUUUCACCGCGACGACGCCCGCGCGCGCGUCGCUGUCCGCGCAGCAGCUGCUGGACUGCGCGCCGGGCACGUGCAUGGGCGGGUACCCCGAGGACGCGCUGCAGUACAGCUCCACCGCGCUGCUGCGCCGCGCCUCGCAGUACCCCUACAUCAUGGACAAGAGCACGUGCCGCGGAGGACUCCAGGUGAGCGACGCAGAGCUGGUCUCAUGGAACCGUAGAGCACGCACAGCACGCACAGCAAGCCGAACCCUCCGCAUUCCACCCGACCCACCACCGGCUUCUCUCACACGCCAUUCAUCUGCACACCCUCCGCUCGUCCCCAUCCGCACCCGUCUCGCAGCAAGCGGCAUCGGCGGUGGCGCUGGGGGGCAAGCGGCGUCGGCGGUGUCGCACUUCGAGCAGGUGGCGUUGGAGGGGUCACUGGGACCCAUGCUGGCCGUGCGGCUCCGCACCGGCUCUCCGCUCACAUCUGCGCACCCUCCUCCCCCCUCACCCCCGGUCUCGCAGCAAGCGGCAUCAAUGGUGUCGCACUUCGAGCAGGUGGCGUUGGAGGGGUCGCUGGGGCUCAUGCUGGCCGUUCGACAGCAGCCCGUCGUCGUCUCCAUCCUCGCCUCCGCGCCCGACUUCGUCGCCUACAAGUCGGGCAUAUACAGCAACGCCACGUGCUUCUCCCCCAGCAACCCCGUGCUGGACCACGUGGUGCUCGUCGUAGGCUUCCACUUCCUCUCCGCCGCCUCGGAUGAGAACUACUUCAUCAUCCGCAACAGCUGGGGCAGCAAGUGGGGCGAGGGCGGCCACAUGCGCAUCGCCAUGACGUCCGCGUACGGUGGCAUGUGCGGCAUGACGUACCAGCGCGGGCUCUACCCCACCAUCAAAGCGAGCCUGAUUCAGGAUCCGUGCAAGCUGGCGGUGUGCGGGGGUGGCACGUGCACGAGGACAGGUGUGGGCCGGUACACAUGCGACUGCCCGAGCGCCAAGGGGCUUCUCAAGGGGGAGAAUAAGGACGGCACUGAGACCUGCAUCAUCAAGAGCAAGUGCUCGCUGUUUGCGAGCAACCCGUGUGGCAUGGGAGCGUGUGUGGACGGGAGCUCGGGAGAAUACUCCUGCGGCGUGGAGUGCAACCCUCUCAAGCCUGGAACGCGCCUGCGCCUCACUCCACCAGACACCACACGCACAUGCACCACCCGAUACCCCAUCUCCAAGGCGGACAGCCUGGCAGGAAGCUGCGAUGCCAUCAACAGCAGGUUCGGCAUCCGAAUCACGGACCUCAACCCAGGAUUGGACUGCACAAAACUGCAACCAGGGCAGCAGGUGUGCAUUGAGUGGGGCACUGCAGUGGGCGGCAGCGGAGGGGGUGGGGGCACGUACCAGCAGUGCACGCAGUACCACGCAGUGGGCCCCAACGACACCUGCGACAGCAUCUUGCAGUCCAACCCCUCGCUCUCCUGGCGCUCUCUCUACCGCCUCAACGUGGGACUGCUCUGUGAUAACCUCAACCCUCUCCGCAACCAGGAGGUCUGUGUGGGCGCAACUCCCUUGGGAGCUAUUGUGUGUGAUGCAAGCAGGAGCCGCAAAUACACUCUGAUCCACGCGCGCCACCGUAGCGGCCCCGAGAUAGCCGUUGCGGACGCCACUCAGCCGCAUUCCCGCAGCCUUCGCGGCGGGGAUGCCGCAAGUUCCCACCGGCAGUUCGACUCGCAAUCACCCGAGGUCGGAGCAUCCGGAGCGCGCCAUCCGUCCUCCAGCAGCGUCGAAGGGGCAACGCGCAGCACCACCGGCGCGGGGAGCGGCGGCGCGGAGUCGAUUGCGGAGUGGAAGCGGCGAUCAGCGGAAGCGGGCGCGCACUUCUUCCCCCUGCAGCGCGCGGAAGACGCCCCCAGCAGGGAGGAGAUACACCGCCGGAUUCUGGCGCCCAAAGGCCUGGGAGAAGGCUUGAAGGGCAACGUAGAGUCAAGCAGGGCAUCUGAUGUAACGUAUUAUCCGCUGCCACUGAAGGACUAUGACAGCACGCUGCUCUCAACGGCCAACGGCACAAUGGGCAACACCAUGGUCAACUACAGCACCACCGUCAAUGAGAAGAAGAUCCCUCUCGUCGUGUAUCCGUACUACGUGAAUCUCAAGCUGGGGUCGCAGAAGCAGGAGUUCAGCAUGGCGAUUAACCUCGUAAUAUCUUCUAUGUUCGUGCCCUGCGACUGCCUGCACUGCGGCUCCAUGCGCAAGGGGACCACCUACAGCAAGCCCUUCAGCACGCUCGCCUCCACAACCCUCAAGUACAUCUCCUGCGCCGACCAGCGCUGCAUGGGGGGCACACAAUACGGGUACUUCGGCUGCAACACGCAAGGGCUCUCCAACUACCUCGACACCACGGGCCUGCUGCCUGGGGACGACGCUCUCUGCGUGUUUGAUGCAAAAGGAGAUGUAGGCUAUGAUUACUACGAAGCUGACUAUUAUGAGGCGGGAUCGAGAGUUCGGUCGGUGGGGCAUGUGGUGGAGGACACUGUAUACCUCACUGCACCUGAUGGUACCGAAGUCAACCGAUCCAUCAUUUUCGGCUGUGGAGUGAACCAGCAGGGCUACUGGGGCAUGCAGGGGUGGCAGUACGGCUCGUGGGCAGCAGGAGGCGUGCUGGGGCUGGGGCAGUAUAGCCCCUUCCUCUGGCAGCUCACCGGCCCUAAUGACCCAAGCACCUUGGCGCUGUGUUUGGAGAAGCCCACGCCCACGAACGAGACGGGGUGGGAUGGCAAGGUGCCGCUGCAGACAGGCAGCAGCCAUCUCACCAUCGGAGCCACCGGCCUCCCUGCCGGCGCCAGCUACGCCACCAUGGAUUCGUAUAAUGGUAUGCAGUACAGCGAGAUCACACUCACCUUGGGCACAGGCCCGGACGACUUCCGCUACAUCACAGACGACUACACCAACCUAUAUCGAGACCCGGCCGACCCCAUCACGCCAGGCUUCUUCUUCAUGCCCGAGUCCUUCGUGCAUCUCCUGCGCUACCCCCUCUUCAUGAGCCUUGUCGACGGGCUCAAAGUGAUGACAGGCCACAAUAUCUCUUCAGGGAAAAACGAUUUUUACCGGCUUCCAUGCUUCACCAACAAGAACAAGGCGGAGGAUCCGUUCACCACCUUCCCCACCAUCGACAUUGCUUUCUUCAGUCCAAACAGCACCAAUGCCACCUCCCACUUCUAUCUCAAGCCUCGCGAGUACCUCGCCCAGGUGUCGGCAUCAGAGUACUGUGUCCUGGUCACCUACAUGCUCUCGCAGGCCAAGUACGCCAGUUACAUUGGAGAGCCGGGGCUGCUGGGAAAGUACCUCUUCCUCGACUACACCAACGCCACUGCCGGCUGGAUUGACGCUCCUACCUGUGGAGCUGAGCCUCUGCUGCCGCCGCCCUCCCCUCCUCCACCAUCACCACCCUCACCUGUUUCCAAAGCGGCCACUCGCCCUCUCUCACCCGUGCCAGCAGCACUCUCAGCUGCCCUUGUCCUUGCCACCUCGACUGCUCUGCUUGCUCUCACACUCCUGUAG